AAAAUCACAGAGAAAUUGCAGAAUUAUUUACACCGAGUUAAAAAGUAAAACAAAACAGGCCCAAAUGGUGAAUAUCUUUACAUUUUAAUUUUUUUUUGUUUGAGAAAAUGUUACUGAAAACAGAAUCUACACAUGCACAUCUGUAGAAAACUGAUAAAUCAUGACAAAAACCCUUAAACCCUGAGAUGAAAUGUCAUUCAUACAGAGAUUUACCAGCAGUCCGUUUGUAAAAGAUGUGAUUUUACGUGGAUGUAGCGUCAUAACCAUCAUUUAAUAUUCAGAUUGAAUGAGAUAUUCAGGCCAGAUGUUGACAACAUGCAGAUGUUUAGAGAGUAAAUCCUGUUUUAACACGAGAGGUGAGUUUAAGACUAAACAUCGGCUGUUUUAACGUGCUAAAUUCAUAUUUUUAGAAGCAUGAAGAAUCACUACGAGGUUCUUAAAUCAAUUCUUUCCUGCAGUUGAGGUCAAGUUUGCCCCAUUAAUAGAAAACCCGCCUGAUGAAGCAGUAAAACAGGCUUCAAGGAUGCACAACAAACAUGACUGAAAAGUGAAUAUUUGAGCUCGACCUACAGAGCAGGUGUGUCUGGAGACAGAAGGAGAUGAUCUGACUGUGAACAAGGACCAAUCAGAGCAGAGAGUCGAGGAGAACGAGCUGAACCAUCUUAGUCCAGAGAUGAUGGGAGGUUGUUGACAUCCGACGUCACCGCUCGCUAAAAGGACAUAACAGCAGCCUGAACCAAUCCAGCAUGGCCGCCCACCGGAUCAGAGCCACCAACAACAACAACACGUCGCUGCCUCGCUGCAAGUCAGAGGGGACGCUGAUCGACCUCAGCGAAGGCGUUUCAGAAGCCAGUCUGACCGACGUCAAAGUGCCUUCUCCCAGUGCCUUACGACUGGAUGCGACCGCCUCCUUCGGCGCUGCCAGGGAGGUCGUUGCCAUUAAGGACUACUGCCCAUCCAGCUUCACCACCCUGAAGUUCUCCAAAGGGGACCGCCUCUAUGUUCUGGACUCAUCAGGAGGAGAGUGGUGGUAUGCCCACAACAAUACAGAGAUGGGUUACAUCCCUGCAGCUUACGUUGAGCCCAUCAACUACAGAGACUCGUCCUUUAGCGACAGCGGGAUGAUUGACACAGUGGGAGACAAUGAGGAGGCAGCCAAAGAAAUGGACCUUCUAGGCGAGUGGGCAGGAGUCAUUCUGAAACCAACCACCUUCCAAAAUGGAAAUCCUUUUGCAACAAACCAUACCUCUACAAACCCUUUCCUAAAUGGGGGUCCUCAGAGCUCGCUCGAUCAGAACAGUAAGGAGAAAUCAGUCGACCUCCUCCUGUUUGAUACGCUCACUCCAUCGAUGCCCACCUCCACCAGCAGCACUGCCGACAUCAACGGUUUCGGCAGUGGCGUUUUUAACUUUAACCCUCUCAGUCCCACUGUGGGAGUGGGACCAACAUUGCGCAGGGACAACCCCUUUUUUAGAAGCAAGCGUUCUUACAGUCUGUCUGAGCUGUCCAUCCUGCAAGCUCAAUCCGACGCCCCUCAGACCUCCACUGGUUUCUUUGGAGGCCUCAAAGCGCCGGCGCCCGAGCAGUUCCAGAGCCGGGAGGAUUUCCGGACAGCAUGGCUCACCCACCGCAAGUUGGCCAGGUCUUGCCACGAUUUGGAUUCGCUGGGCCAGAACCCAGGCUGGGGCCAAACACAACCGGUGGAGACUAACAUCGUGUGUCGGCUGGACAGCUCGGGAGGCGCUGUCCAGCUUCCCGACACCAAUAUCAGCAUCCACAUACCCGAAGGCCACGUGGCUCCAGGGGACACCCAGCAGAUCUCGAUUAAAGCUCUGCUCGACCCGCCACUGGAGCUCAACAACGACCGCUGCACCACUGUCAGCCCCGUGGUGGAGAUCAAACUCAGCAACAUGGAAACCAAAACCACCGUCACCUUGGAGAUGAAGGUGUCUGUGGUGGUUAAAAUGGAGAACAGGCAGACGACUGAAGUCUUGUGUGUUCGAAGUGACUGUAAAGAGGGACCUUAUACUCCGGUUCCUCAGGCGUACCUGUACGGGGACACGGUUCAGGUGUGCCUGGAUAACCUCGAACCCUGUAUGUAUGUGUGCGUCGUGGCUCAGGCCCAGUCCAUAGCGCCAGAGUCCACUGUUUGGGAGCAAGUGGUUAAAAAGAUCACCUUAGGAGUCUAUGGACCCAAACACAUCCACCCGUCCUUCAAGACAGUCGUGGCGAUGUUCGGCCACGAUUGUGCCCCAAAGACGCUGCUGGUGAGUGAGGUCGGAAAACAGGCUCAGUCUGCACCACCAGUUGCCCUGCAGCUUUGGGGCAAACACCAGUUCGUCCUAUCCAGACCGCAGGACCUCCGAGUCGGAGUUUAUUCCAACAUGGCCAAUUACGAGGUGAAGGCCAGCGAGCAGGCCAGAGUGGUUCGAGGCUUCCAGGUCAAACUAGGCAAAGUCAGCAGGCUCGUCUAUGUCAUCGCCUCACGCAACGCUGAAGACGUUUCUGACUUCACCCUCAGAGUCCAGGUCAAAGACGACCAAGAUUGUAUACUCGCUCAGUUUUGUGUCCAGACACCAACACCGCCACCCAAAGCAGGCCCAAAGACGUCGGUGCAGCGGCGAUUCCUGAAGAAGAAAGAGGUCGGCAAGAUCGUCCUGUCUCCUCUCGCCAUCGCCACCAAGUACCCCAUUUUCCAGGACCGGAGAAUAAACAACCUGAAGUUUGGAAAGUUGAUCAAAACCGUCAUCCGACAAACAAAAAAUCAGUACCUGCUCGAGUACAAAAAAGGAGACUUUGUAGCCCUGCUGAGCGAGGAGAAGAUCAAGCUGAAGGGUCAGUUGUGGACGAAGGAAUGGUACAUUGGAUAUUAUCAGGGCAAGAUGGGACUUGUUCACGCCAAGAACGUGCUGGUGGUCGGCAAAGUGAAGCCCAUUUACUUCAGUGGACCAGACCUCACAACUUCACUGCUGCUGGAGCAGAUACUGAAGCCCUGCAAGUUUCUCACAUACAUCUAUGCCUCCGUAAGAACUAUACUGAUGGAGAACAUCGGCAACUGGCGAGCGUUCGCUGAUGCUCUUGGAUACAUCAACCUGCCCUUGACGCACUUCUGCCGGGCGGAGCUAGACAGCGAACCGGAGAGGGUUGCGUCGGUGCUGGAGUGUCUGAAGGAGGACUGCAACAAUGCAGAGAGCAAAGAGAGGAAGUCUUUCCAGAAAGAACUCCUCACGGCUCUGCUGAAGAUGGACUGUCAGGGUCUGGUGGCCAGGCUGGUCAUGGAUUUCGUCCUCCUGACCACGGCGGUGGAGGUGGCCGGACGGUGGAGGGAGCUGGCCGAGCGACUGGUCAAGGUUUCACGCCAGCAGAUGGACGCUUACGAGGCGCCGCAUCGCGACAAGAAUGGGGUGGUGGACAGUGAGGCCAUGUGGAAGCCAGCGUACGACUUCCUGGUCACGUGGGCGGCUCAGAUCGGCGACAGCUACCGGGACGUGAUCCAGGAGCUGCACAUGGGGCUGGACAAGAUGAAGAGCCCCAUCACCAAACGCUGGAAGCACCUGACCGGGACGCUCAUCUUGGUCAACUGCCUGGACGCCCUGCGGAGCUCCGCCUUCAGCCCCGCAGCUCAGGACGACUACGCCAUCUGAAGCCCUUCACCAGCUCUAAAGACCAGUUUGAAAUGCUGCAUAUCGGCCGUCUGCUCACUCCGAACGCCACCGCCGCUGUCGUUUGUUGUCGUGUUGUUCCCGAGGCGUCGCCUUCAGCUCUUCUCGCCCAGAGGAACUCCAACCGGACUCCACCCAGCGACACAGUGCCGUAUGGAGCUCGCAGUAUUCACACAGACUCUUUUAUUAGCUCCCGUCUUGCACAGUUAUGUAUUUUUGUACUCUUAUUAUGGCACAGCAUUUUUGUAAAGCAACACUUUGAACCCUUUGGUUAUGAACUGUGGAUUGAACGCCAAGAAAGACACUUUUUCCCAAGAAGAGACACUUUUAGAUAUCGUAUCCUUGUUACCGUAGCCUCGUCAAACGUGUCAAAUCUGUUCUAUUUAUUUAUACGUCAAAGAGAAACGCCACCUCCUCGUCUUUCUCUUCAGGUUCUCUCUCCCUGUGGUCCUUCUCAUUUCAGAGAUCCAAAUAUUUUGGUGUCAGUCUGUAUUUUCUAAGAUGAAAACUGAAUAAUUUAUUACUCUUGAGCACCAACUUUUAAUCAAACUCCCCCCUAGUGCUGGAACUGAUUUUAUUAACCAGCAGAUGUGUUCGUUUUAAAAUGAUUCUUUAGUGAGAAUCUGUUACUUUUUCUGUUUUCUAUCACCAUAAAGUGGUUGUCUUUGGUUAGAUGAAAUGAGAAGUCUGAAGGUGUCAUCUGAAAAUUUCACUGAAAACUUUUCACCUUGUAAGCAUCUCUUAAGACUCAACUCAAAGUCCUCUUACUCACUUUGUUCUGGGGCUUUCUACCACAUCCUGAGAGAUUGUGUUAAACUCCUGGUUUCAAAUAUUAGAAACUGAAGGAUCAAUAAUCUCUGGUGUUAUUGGUUCUGCUGUUGGUGUCGCAGAAAUGAAGGAAAAUAGAUUCUAAAUGCUAGAUUGGGAUUCUUAUCAAGGACAGUUUUAACAAAUCAAUAUUUGCACAAACCUAAUCCUGAUUCUUGUCUCCUGUCAUGCAGGAGUUGGGAAUUUUAACAUUUUCUUAAUUUAUGUAGCUUUCUCAUUCAAUAAUUGAUUAUUUUAUCAUGUGGAUUAAAUACAGUGGACAUUAGUCCUAUGCUGAUAAUGCUAUUAGGUUAAAAAAAAUGCUGGUAUAAUUGAUCUCAGCAUGAAUUAGCAUAUAUGCACUGGCUGGAUGUCAUUAAGCAUCAUAGAAGACUUUGUCAUGGUGCCUUUUUAUUAUUUACACCCCCAACAAUGCCUGAUCCUUUGUUUGCGGUUCCUGUAGCGCUGGUCUCAUGAAAUUUAAAAUUUUCUUAGUCUAGCACCUAUGCAGAUAAUGGUACUUGGUUGUGAAAACACUAUUGUAGUUGAUCCAGGCAUGAUUUACAACACAUACACUGGACAGGAGUCAUUGUGCAUCACAGAAAACUUUGUCAUGGUGGCCCUUUACAAGCUAAACACCUUCUAAUGCUCUUUGCUUGCCAGUAUGGAACUGACCACCUCUUCUACAGGAGUAGAUAGUAAGAAUCUCCACCUGGUGGGUCACCAGGUACUGCACCAAAUCUGUCCAAAAAACGUGUAUUAUGCAGGAAAAUGGUGUCAUAUUAGGACUAGAUAUUGGCAGAUAUUGAAUAUUAAACAACUCAUUUGGGACAUCCUUACUAUUUGUUAUUGCUACACAAAUGCAUUUUCUGAGAGAUCUCCACUGGUUUGGCCAAUAUUCAAACUCUGCUUUUUGGUUUUGUACACAGUAAUACAGAUAUUUCUGUGGACAGAUAUUUUCCUUCUCCAUUAAAAAACAACAACAAUGGAACAGUUUGUCCACACAGUCAUAAAUGUCUCUGUGGACAAAAACAUCUCAACUACAAGCAUGAGGCCAGUCUACGUUAAUGAUACAGCAAAUACCACAGAAGAACAUUCUGUUAUGGGGUUAGGUUGCGAACUAAGUAGCCUCAGGCACAAUAGAUAAAGGUGGGGUGAUGCAGCAAUGCCAAGUCAGGUUGGAAACUUGUAGCUGUUAGUGGAAACCAAAGAAACCAGCAUAUAUAUAUCACCAUUAUUGUUGUUUCAGUCGCAUGCUAAUUGAGAUGUGAUGCUGUCUUCUUCCAAACUCCCAAUAGAAGUCAUUUAAAACAGUUUUCAUGACCUAAAAUGUUGGAUAAUAUCUGUAUUUAUGUGAACAAGGCCUUAGUGACAUUGGCGGAACUAAAUAGUCAGAAUUGCGAUUCCACUUCCCUAGAGUUGAUGUUAAACAAGCCGUUUGCGUGUUCGUGGAAACUCGAUGCAUCCGUGGAAACAUGCAGCAAACGCUCAUCACAUGCAGGUGCAGAAAUGCUGAGUUUUCCACCAUCUGGCUCCGAGUUCAUCUCUGGUCUGUUUACCUGCAGCCUCGUUCAGAAAUUCAGCUUCAGAGCGCUCAGAGCAGAUUUAAAGAUUUGGAGGCUGCAGGCAAACUCAGUCUUACUUUAGUUUAACCCGUUUUCUGUCUGAAUCUUGGUGUUUGCAGUGAAAUAAAAGAAGUGAUCUAAACUAUUAAUACCUCACAGUAAAAAAAAAAAAAACUGUGAAAGAAAAUGUUUCGAGUGGAUAUACAAAGAAAAUACAGCAGUGUUUUUCAACUUUUAUUCAAAUUUAGAGUACACUGAUGUAUGGAAAAAAUGAAAGAGGCUGGCACACAUAUAGAAAACUUGGAAAACAACAACAAUAAAAAUAUUCUAAAAGCAAAGUUAGCAAUCAAAACAGUAAUUGGAGCAUUCUGCAAUCUAAACAACAAAUAAAUCAACUAAACCAAGAGCAGCUGGAGGUAAAAUGAGACGGAAUUAAAAACCUGAAUUUCCCUACGGAUGAAAAUAAGUAUGGUAGUUUGCUUUUUUAAAAUUUGCUUUUUCUCUUAGUACAGUAUCACUUAGCAGAAUCAAUAAGUAUCUUUCCUGCGAUGUGGUUGAAAGCUCCAGAACAAGUGACUAUUAAUAUAUUAGUUAUUUAAAGUUAAAUUUCCAGUUAUUUUCAGAUUUUCCCUCCACAUAAAAACCAGACUGUCUUCUUUCAUUUGUCCACUCUCUUGCCUGUUUUCCUACAGUCCUCAAAAAUGUGCUUUUUCUACCAAAGCUUGCCAAAAAUGAGCGGACGUCUCAGAAGUGUAAUGUGGAGACGACUGUUGUAACGACACUGUCUGUCAGAGCUUCUGGUUAGGUUUUGUCUCAGUGCUGCAUACUGUAAAAUGUGCUCGUAACACAUCCAGUGGUGAGUUUUGAAAACCUCCCUCUUUCUUUUUUUUUUUUGUGACUGCAUACUUUUGUGGAAAAAUAAAAUGUAAAUAUUUGUACACGCA